AUGACUGAGACGUCCACUCUACAAGCAGAAGACAAACAGUCACGUCAGUCUGCUGCGCAUAAGGACGCCAGGCUGGUGGACGGUGCCGGCAAGUGCUCUGGCAGGCUGGAGAUAAAGUGUCAAGGAGAGUGGAGAGCUCUGAACAUCAGGAACACAGGCAGACAGCACAGUUUCUGGUAUGCAGAAGUCGCAUGCAAGCAGAUGGGUUGUGGCUCUACAGUUUCAAUAACACAAAGCACCAACGUGACAAAUCUACCAGCAUGGGAGGUUGACUUCGUGUGCAAGGGCUCUGAGUCCACCCUGAAGGAGUGCAGAAAUCACAGAACACGAGAGUCUUUGAGGCUUGUCGGGGAUUCAGAAAUCUGCUCAGGAGGUGCAGAGGUGAAGUCUGACCAGGGUUGGGAUUCAGUGUGUGAGGACAGCUUCGACUCUGAGACUCAAAAGAUGUUCUGCAGGGAGCUUGGCUGUGGUCCUCCACAGAACUUUCGUCGGAGGUCACCAAAAAUAAAUCCCUCCUUAUUCAAACAGUUCCAGUGUAAAGGCAACGAGUCCCGUCUGGAGGACUGUGUCAGUUUCAUGAAAGAGGAAUGCAGACAAGCCGCUGGAAUAACAUGCUCUAAAGAGACCGAUCUGAGGCUAGUGGGAGGAGAGACUCUCUGUCAAGGCACACUGGAGGGAAAGCAGGCUGCAGAGUGGAGGCCUCUGGAGGAUGGCUGGAAUUCCUUGAAACCAGAACACUUUGCCAAGGUUUGUGGGAAGAUGGGAUGUGGAGGUUUCAUCUCAGUCUCAAGGAACUAUCUUCCAGAGCUUCGACCUGUGUGGCUGACUGACUGUGAGACGAGUUCCUCAUUUUGUAAGUCAUGGAGGGGGACUAGUUCAAACUUAGUCCUGGCUGUGACUUGUGAAGAGGAUACGACGCUCGUGAAAGGACCCAACAGAUGCUCAGGAAAACUACAAGUGAGGUCCGGUCAGUCGUGGCAUCCAGUAUGUUAUUCUUUCUUCAGCUUGGAGGCGGCACUCGUUACCUGUAGAGACCUGAAGUGUGGUUUCCCUGAGAACGACAGGAGUACUAACUUCACCAGAAGUCCUGUGUUGAACUGUGCAGGAACAGAGAAGCAUCUGAGGGAUUGUCCCUCCACGCCGAUCAGCGCCACGGAGGAGAUGCUGCAGGAAUGUGAUGAAGUCUCCUUGACCUGCACAGAACUUCCACCAGCACCAUACAUCAACAUUCACAAUGUGCAAGGAUCAGAAUUUGUGUCUACAUAUCCGCCAAAGGUUUUCAAGGGCCAUCGCUUUGCCAUCUCUUGCACCGUGGAUUCACCUUACAGCGUCCUUUCCAUCCGCCUGAAAUCUCACAUUGGCACUGAUCACCCCAACGAGUGGAUCCAGUCACCUCACGACAAGAAAGCCGUCUUCAUCUUUCCUGUUGCUGAGGAUGCACACCAGGGAACCUAUCAGUGCGAUUACAACUUCAAUUUCAGUUCAGACAUUUUCUCACAGCCGAAGUUUAUCUCCGUUCAAGUGGAAGAGCUGAACAACGUCCGGCUGGUGAAUGAGGAGACGGAGUGUGCUGGUAGACUGGAGCUGGAGGACGAGGGCGAGUGGAGGCCCGUGAGCCAUCGUCACUCCUGGAGUCUGAAGGAGGCGGCUGUGGUGUGCAGGCAGCUCGACUGCGGCUCCGCUGUCUCCACCCGCAGAGUGGAGCGAUCCGCUGGACUUCAGCACGCGUGGCGCUUUUAUUCUGACUGCGACGGCUCUGAACGUGCUCUGACGGACUGUGGGACGGUGAAGAAGUGGCCGUCCUCUUCCGCUGUCCAAGUCGUCUGUUCAGGAAUCCUCCUUCAACCGAACAUUUCUCUCUUCUAUACGAUGCGUGAAUUGUCAGACUAUCAGCCGCGGAACAUUUUGCUCUCCAAAGGCCACGGCUUCAGUGUCACCUGCUCUGUGAAGCCACAAUACCCCGGAGGCUACUUCAGCAUCCGCUUCAACCAAGCUAUCAGCAUCUCCCAACCAGCUGUCAAUCACACGGCACACUUCAUGUUUCCAGCAGCAGACGAGGCUCACACAGGGACCUACAGCUGUGUUUAUGUCAACUUUGUCUUCAGUCACAACUUCUCUUCUGAGAGUCAGAGCUUAUCCGUCAAGGUGGAAGAGUUCCUGGAGGUGAAGUUGGUUGAUGGCGUGCUCAGAGAGGAUGACAGCGAGUUCUGUGCCGGCAGACUGUUUGUGAAAUACUUGAACUCGCUUCUGCUCCUGAGCGCAGAGACGACAGUGUGGGACAUGAAACAUGCGUCUUUGGUGUGCAGACAGCUCGGCUGCGGCUCUGCAAUUUCAACCAAAGACAUCAAACUUCCCAAAAAAGAAUUGAUGGCACGUUUCUUCUCCGACUGUGAUGGAUCUGAGUCUGCGCUGCUGGGCUGUGGGACUGUGCUGCCGUGGUUUUCGUCCUCUGCUGUUGAGCUGGUCUGCACAG